CGGGGGGAGGGCGGCAGCAAAUCAGCCCGGCCCGGCGGGGCCGCCCGCCCCCGGCCGCCGCCUCCGCCAUUGGGCCGGCCCGGCCCGCCCUCCCUCCGCCCGCCCCGCUGGGCCGCCGCCGGGGCUCCCCGUUCCUGCGGCCGCCCUCAGCCUCAGCCGGCGGCGGCAGCAGCGCGGGCGGGCCCCAGCGCCGCCCCCGAGCGGGCAGCGCCGCCCCCGGCCCCUUCCCGCCGGCGCCCGGCUCCCGGUGGCCGCCUUCCGCCGCCCGCGGGCCAGCAGCAGCGGCGGCGGCUCACCUGGGGCGGGCGGGACGCCCCGCGCGGCGGCUCCAUGGCGACCGCGGCGGUGGAGCCGGUCUACGGGCUCUCGGAAGACGAGGAGGAGUCUCGUAUCCUCAGGGUAAAGGUGGUUUCUGGCAUUGAUCUAGCGAAAAAAGACAUCUUCGGUGCCAGUGACCCAUACGUGAAACUUUCCUUGUAUGUAGCAGAUGAGAACAGAGAACUUGCUCUUGUGCAGACAAAAACUAUUAAAAAGACACUGAAUCCAAAAUGGAAUGAAGAAUUUUAUUUUAGAGUAAAUCCAACCAAUCAUCGUCUCCUGUUUGAAGUGUUUGAUGAAAACAGAUUGAGCUGUUGUCAAAACUUACGCCUUGAAGUUCUCCCGGGGAGCAAAUGGCCAUGUAUUGAAACGAAGCUGCGCUUCUUGUUAAACAGUUUCUUUUCCAGUAUGCGCUAUGAGUGCAAUUGUGAGCACUCUUCAGAUGUCUUUUGGCUCUCGGAGAGCGUAACUGUACUCCGUGCUGGCAAUCACACUCGUGGUAAUAUUGCUAACUUUCUCACUGGAGGCUGGCCAGCAAUGGGCAGAGUUUCUGGACGGUGUUUUAGACAAAUCGGUACAAAACGACAUGCAACACCCGUCUCCGGUUUUCCCUCGUCUUCACUGGCUGUGCCUGAAUUGUUGCUGUUCUCCCUCUCCCUUUCUUCUCUCUGUAAAACCAUGGCCCAUCGGCUGCGGUUUCAUUUUGGCUCUGGGCGAAGCAACACAGCCCCCGAAUCGGAGAUCCUCGACCGGGAGAGAGAAGAUGACAUUUUCAUGGCAUUCCACACUUUGCCAAGAAGAAACAGUCCUCACGCCUUCUCCCGACAUGGAGCAGAUUAUGGUGGUGGCGGUGAUUUGCAAGAAGUGGGCUCCUUAAAAAGGAGUACAUCCAUGUUUAUUCCCCAGCUGCUGAACAGUAUUGAUGUGCGUCCAACGAGAAGCUCGUCAAUGCAGAUCUCUCUUCAGCGCAAAGCUGCGAACGGCUGCGCGGACGAGUGCGCAACCCUGGAAUCGCCUGAGGAAACGCUUCCUUGUAAAUUCUCGGACUUCAGGGAGCAUUAUGCAUCCCCUGUUGAAAACCGUUCUCCAAACAGUCCAGAGGUGACUCCUGAAAAUUCUCCGCCCAGCCUGACGGAAGAGUUAGGGCAACAGAUUAAUGGAACUGUUUGCUGUAAUCGUAGAAUAUUUUGUACUAUUCCUUCUAACAACCAGAGUGAGGAUGCUUCAUCAACUACCCAAGAAGGUGAGGUAAAUGAAGCAGCUUCAGGCUUAAACAUAAGUGGCGUGAGGAUUCAGCAUCGGGCUUCAAGUGCAGAUGUGCCUCAGGUUACUCUACUACCCUUUGGUACUGAGGCUCAAAAUAAUGCACCCACCCCUGAACCCCGGCGUUGGUCUUUGCAACAUGUGCCAGAUAUGUCAGCAAAUUCAGGGAAAAAGUUCUUUGUUCUCCAGUUACAGCAACCGCAGGCAAGUGGUACAGGUGCAGGAGGCGAAUAUAACUUUGGUUUUACUGGAACAAAAGGGGACAGAUUGGUCAGGUAUCCUCGGAUACGGCUAGGAAGGAGUACUUCCUACCCUGUCCAGCCACCAACAGAAGAAAUUAGCCCCGCAAAUAGUGGAUUGAAUUCAGAGCUGCAUGGAAAUGGCAGGAACGGGUCGGAAAUGUCUAGAAGCAGUUCAGUAGAGCGGAUUCCUCAAGGGCAGGGAUGCUUGUUUAAAAUCAGACCAGAUCAAAACACGAGGCAGCAGCACUUCAGAAUUCUUGUCACCCGUGGUCCUGAAGAACAAAAUCAGGUUGUUGGUAAAGAGGGUCGUGGCACCCCUGGUCCUACAACAGCCAGCACCGCGACCAGAGACGACUUCCUGGGUCAAGUGGAUGUGCCGCUUAGUCACCUUCCGACUGAAGACCCAACCAUGGAAAGGCCAUACACGUUUAAGGAUUUCCUUCUCAGACCAAGAAGCCACAAAUCUCGUGUAAAGGGUUUCUUGAGACUGAAGAUGGCUUAUAUGCCUAAAAAUGGUGGCCAAGAGGAAGAUAGCAAUGAUCAAAGGGAUGAUUCUGAGCACGGAUGGGAUGUGGUUGAUUCCAGUGACUCCGCAUCUCAACGUCAGGAGGAGUUACCACCUCCUCCGCUGCCUCCUGGAUGGGAAGAAAAGGUGGACAACCUGGGGCGGACUUACUAUGUCAACCAUAACAACAGGACUACUCAGUGGCAUCGACCCAGUUUAAUUGAUGUGGGAUCUGAGUCAGAUAACAAUAUCAGACAAAUAAACCAGGAAGCAGCCCAUAGGCGGUUCCGCUCUCGGAGACACAUUAGUGAGGAUUUGGAACCGGAGCCUGUGGAGGGUGGAGACAUUCCAGAGCCUUGGGAAACCAUUUCGGAGGAGGCGAGUGCAAGUGGAGAUUCCUUAAGCUUGUCAUUGCCCCCCCCUCCUGCAUCUCCAGUAUCCCGUACCAGUCCUCAGGAGCUGUCUGAGGAACUGAGCAGAAGACUUCAGGUCACUCCUGAUUCCAAUGGGGAGCAACUCAGUUCUUUGAUUCAAAGAGAUCCUUCUUCAAGAUUAAGAUCUUGCAGUGUGACAGACGCAGUUGCCGAACAGUCUCAAUUAUCCUUGCAGAGUGGUCCAUCUAGGAGAGCUCGUUCUUCAACUGUCACAGGUGGUGAGGAACCAACGCCUUCCGUGGCCUAUGUACAUACUACACCAGGCUUACCUUCAGGCUGGGAAGAAAGGAAGGAUGCCAAGGGCCGGACUUACUAUGUCAAUCACAACAAUCGAACCACAACAUGGACACGGCCCAUUAUGCAGCUUGCAGAAGACGGCAUGAUUGGGUCAGCAGCAAACAGCAGCAACCAUUUGAGUGAACCCCAGAUAAGACGGCCUCGUAGCCUCAGUUCACCCACUGUAACUUUAUCUGCUCCACUAGAGGGUAUGAAGGACUCCCCCGUGCGCAGGGCGGUGAAGGACACCCUUUCCAAUCCCCAGUCUCCACAGCCCUCGCCUUACAACUCCCCAAAACCACAGCACAAAGUUGCACAAAGCUUCCUUCCUCCUGGCUGGGAGAUGCGAAUAGCGCCCAAUGGCAGGCCCUUCUUCAUUGAUCAUAAUACUAAAACUACUACGUGGGAGGAUCCACGACUGAAAUUUCCAGUGCAUUUGAGAUCAAAAGCGUCUUUGAACCCUAAUGAUUUGGGCCCUCUUCCUCCUGGUUGGGAGGAAAGAAUACAUUUGGAUGGAAGAACGUUUUAUAUAGACCAUAGAAGCCAGGUGUUGAUAUGUGGAGACAUUGAUACCAGAGACUUAGUGCCCUCAUACGAUAAUAAAAUUACCCAAUGGGAAGACCCCAGACUGCAGAACCCGGCAAUUACUGGUCCAGCAGUUCCGUAUUCCAGGGAGUUCAAACAGAAAUAUGACUAUUUCCGGAAGAAGUUAAAGAAACCAGCUGACAUACCGAACAGAUUUGAGAUGAAGCUACACAGAAAUAAUAUUUUUGAGGAGUCCUACAGAAGAAUCAUGUCCGUGAAGAGACCUGAUGUACUAAAAGCCAGACUCUGGAUUGAAUUUGAGUCAGAAAAAGGACUUGACUAUGGAGGUGUGGCCAGAGAAUGGUUUUUUCUCUUGUCCAAGGAGAUGUUUAACCCUUACUAUGGUCUCUUUGAAUAUUCAGCAACGGACAACUACACACUUCAGAUUAAUCCUAAUUCAGGUCUUUGUAAUGAAGAUCAUCUGUCGUAUUUCACAUUCAUUGGUCGGGUUGCUGGUCUGGCAGUGUAUCACGGGAAGCUGUUGGAUGGCUUCUUCAUCAGACCUUUUUACAAGAUGAUGCUGGGGAAACCGAUAACUCUGAAAGACAUGGAGUCAGUGGACAGCGAAUACUACAACUCUCUGAAGUGGAUCCUGGAAAAUGACCCGACAGAGUUGGAUCUCAUGUUUUGCAUAGAUGAGGAAAACUUCGGACAGACAUAUCAAGUCGACCUGAAGCCAAAUGGGUCCGAAAUCAUGGUAACAAACGAAAACAAAAGGGAGUACAUUGACCUGGUCAUCCAGUGGAGGUUUGUGAACCGAGUUCAGAAGCAAAUGAAUGCUUUCCUGGAGGGAUUCACAGAACUUCUUCCCAUUGAUCUGAUUAAAAUUUUUGAUGAAAAUGAACUCGAGUUACUCAUGUGUGGCCUUGGCGAUGUCGACGUUAACGACUGGAGACAACAUACAAUCUACAAAAAUGGUUACUGCCCGAAUCAUCCCGUUAUCCAGUGGUUCUGGAAGGCCGUUCUGCUGAUGGAUGCGGAGAAGCGGAUUCGGUUACUGCAGUUUGUCACCGGGACGUCACGCGUGCCUAUGAAUGGAUUUGCUGAACUUUACGGUUCAAAUGGUCCUCAGCUGUUUACAAUAGAGCAAUGGGGAAGUCCUGAUAAACUGCCCAGAGCUCACACAUGCUUUAAUCGCCUAGACUUACCUCUGUAUGAAUCUUUUGAAGAUUUGCGAGAGAAGCUCCUUAUGGCAGUUGAAAAUGCUCAAGGGUUUGAAGGAGUGGAUUAAAACGGCGUCGGUUUUUCCCCCUUCACGCAAGUUCUGCUGCACUUUGCGCUUGCGGAACGGCCUGGGCUGACUCUGGCGGAGCAGCCGCCCGGCGCUGGCUCACGGGGCAGAGCCUCCGGCCGUGCGGCUGCCUGGGCCCCAGCGGCUGGACUGGCGGCGGCGGCUCCUCCGCCCGUUCCCCAGCGACUCCCCACAGCCCAACCCGAACUCUGAUGACAUUUCAGCAGGACUUACUCUAUUUAUGUUGUGCCUCUGUAGGCAAAGCCCUUAAUAAACAUUUUACAUAAUUUCUAAUGACAAUGAAUGGAAUUAAUCAUUUUACAGGUAUAGUAUUACAACUCAUGUUUACUUUUUAAUUGAUUUAGACAUUUUCAGAUUUUAUUUCAUGCCAAUUAAAUAUCAUAUACUUGGAAAAAUGAGCAUUUUUCUUAAUUUCGUACCAGACUGAUGCCAGUGUCAUUUUUUCAAAGCACAUUUUGAGCCUUGUGUUCCCAAACCAUUAAGAAAGUAGGAGAAAGCUACGUUGGAACUUUUCUCUACGUGGGCUGUGUAUCUAGAGCAACUCUCUUCAUUCAGCACAUAAAUAUUUUUCAGUAUCCAGAAGUACGGACUGGAUGUUGCAUUUUUGUAUAAAUACUAGAAUAGCUACAAGUCACGGGAGAAUCAUAACAUAGCAUGCCAAAUCUCAUCUUCAAUAACAAAAUUGCCUCAUUUUUGGUAAUACUUACGUGUAUUAUACAGCAUUUUGGGGUAGGGUUGGCAUUAACGAUUUCAGGAAAAGAUGCUUAACCCUGUCGUUAUCUUUGUAUAGUGAUUCUUUUAUUAUCCUUUCCUCUGACUGUUUGCGACGGAGGCACGAUGUGAUUUGGCACUAUGGAAAACAGGUCUGGUUUGUCUCCUGUUUGUACGCGUUUGCUAAUGAUAGCUAAAUAACAGCGGUUUUUUUGUUUGUUUCUAACUGCACCAACUCUAAAGGCACUUUAUGUAACACAUGGAAGUCAUAUCUGUUUUUUAUCAUAAACAUUAAUGUGAUUAUAUUCUUUCUCACUGCACAUGUCUUUCUGGUGCAAUAUCUAUCAAUUGUGAAUUUGGCUGCUGCUGAUGUAUAAAAGAAAAAACACAAACAGAUGUAGAGCUGAGCCUGCAGACAUGUUCCUCAGCAAUUGGUUUUGUGAUUUAUUUUUUACUUAAUCACAAAGAUUUAUUUAAUAUACACUGCUAUCUAAUCAAUUUUGUUACCUAUGACAUGUUGCAUGCUUAAACUAUAAUGUCUGAGUUGCAUCUCUUUUGUGACGGAUUAAAAGUGAAAGAUUUGCAUUUGAUCCACUUAAGUGAAAUGGUUCCAGCACCGCCAGGGAGGUCUGCGGGGGUGGCUGAGCAACGUAACUGUCAGCUUGGGAAGCUUUGCCCACAGACUUACCCAGAGAGACGCCUUUCCCCAAGUAGCUGCCCAAUGCUUAUGACGCAGGAUGACACCGCGUGCCAGCACAGUGUCACCUCAUUGCCAACAGCUUCCUCGGCCCUGCCCUUGCCCCCUCCCCGGCCCCCCCAGCAAGUGCCGGCUGCACCCGAGAAGGAAGAGCCACACUGCUGAGCCUUGAAGCCGUGAUCCUGCAGCUGGAAGGGCUGCUGGAGAGAAGCCUUCAGCAAGUGGUGUGUGCUGACAAAGUCUGAAGCCCUAAGAGGUGCGUGAGGAAGGUUAUUCCAUUAUUUGAACACGGGUCAAGAUCCAUUUUCUAUCGAGUAAGUUCCUGACAUUCCUUCCUGACCUUUUACAUUGGCUGAGUGAGCUGGGACAGGAGAGAGUGGACUGCAUCUGAGCGGAGACGCACUGGGGGAAGUAGGAAUGAGGGAAAUCCAGGUAUUUCCACUGACCUGCAGCGUGUUAAGCACAGCUGGUUGUGACGUGGGCUCCUUUGAGGGAACUGUCAUACUCCAAAACUUGCUUCCGUUCUGUCUUCAGCUGGUGGAUUUUGGUGUGGUUGGAGGCUCUGUUCGUGCCGGUACUGUAAGAGUCCUGAGGCUGCUUUGGUUGUGAAGCGUCGGCGUGACCUCGUGUACAGUGGAGGGCAGUAACCUAGGGGUAGUGCAGCAGAGGUAGAGACAGAGGUGAGGUCAGGUCAAGUUUAAGAAUCUGCCAUUUCUAUUUCUCUUGUGAUCUUGCCUUGGUCCCUUCCCUCCCCUCACCCUUGGCGUCUGAAACAGGUUUACUAAUACUUGCCAACAUCAAAGGCCUUUCAGCCACCUAGAAUUACGCAGUAACAUCUGACUAGAAGGGACAUUUUUGCUGUUGGGAUUCUUUUUCUUUGAAGAAAAUUUGGAAUGACUUAGCCUAACAUGGCCUCAGAGCCACUCCUACUCAGAUCCCCUUAUCUCACAAAAGCAUUCAUUAGGUAUUAAAACAGAGAGGUGAAUUCCACUGUAUGAACUGUAAUUAACACACACUUGGACUGUUGUUGUUUACUUUAGAGAGAAGCGUUUUCAUUUUUAGGCAACAGUUUAACAUUACGAGGAAGCCCUUGUCUCCCCCGAGGGACACCAUCAGGGUGGCAGCUUGGCGUGCAGCAUGGCAGGAGUCAGGACUGAGCUUGGGCAGCACUGACAGCGAGCCCCAAUGCGCAGUGCCCUGACGGACUCGUACAGCUCAGGUUGAAAUUAGUGCUAUUUUGGCUGUCUUGCAAUUAAUGCAAAUAAAUAACUACAUAAAUGCUAUCUGUGCCUCUUGCACCCUGGACUCCGCAGCCACGGCUCUGGCCUGCAUUGCAAAGCUGCCAUCGCUGCAGCCCCACGCACAGUCGUCCCCGGUGGCUGUUGUUUGGUCAGCGCUCGGUGAAGGUACCGUUCCUGCCAGCCUGGGAAACACACUGGUUAAGCCAGCUCCUUAUUUUGGUUAAGCUCCUCUAUGCUAUGACAAAGGCCAGGCCAUUACCUUCAGUUUUGCAAUAAGCUGCGCGGGUAAGUGGCAUUAGCUGUGCCAAGUAGCAGAUGCGGAGGAAAUGGCUUCUCUUUUUCAGGGCUCUUAACACAAAGCCGUAGUGCUGUAACUGACAGCCUAAGCUGGAUCCAGCCUUGCCAUUCUAGGGAUCCCUCUGGAGCUCCUGAAGCUACGUUUCGAGGAAUCUUUUCUAGGAAAAGAAGUAGCUAAAUGUCAUUUACCCAAAAACACCUAAAACACAAAGCAACUAACAGUCCGCUGGGAGUCUUGUACCACAGCGUUGUGCCUGUCUCACCACAGUACGUACACCGCUAUAACAACAGUUCAGCCCGUUCCCCGCAAAGUUGCCCAACAGUAUUUUAAAAGGUUCUAUUCAGCUACUUUUUUUUGUUAAUAAAUGGCAAUCAAUCAUAAGGGUGGUACCUAAACCAUUGUUUGUUUGCUCUCAAGAAGCCUUAAUGCAAAACAUUCAUAAAAAUUCUAGUCAGAACGCAGGGCCUGCAGCUGUCACCUCCUGGUCACGUUAGGCUUACAGAUCCGGGCCCUUUAUGGGUCCCAUGAACUCCUGCUGGCCAGCCCAGCUGCUGGAAACUGCUGCCUUUCAUUUGUCCAUCCAAAAGUAACAACAAACCCACAACCCUCCGUUACCACAAGAUUUACCUUCUUUCUGCCUCUCUCGCGCGGCCCUCUCCCCGCGCGAGUUCCCUGCUGGCGUGCAGGGUGAGGGGUGUGCUGCUAAGCGGGCAGAGGAGGCUGUGGCAGCUGCCCAGGCAGCCAGCGCCUGUCCCACACCCGAGGGACACAGCGACGGUGCCACCCGCUCAGCCCUGUGCGGCUGGGAAUCCCGACUGCAGCAGCCCCCGGUAAUGCAGUCCCGGUGCUUUGGGGGAGCACGUACACCACAGUAAGGGGCCGGCAACUGUGAGCACUGGGGAGCCAGAGCCUUAGACUGCAGAUUUAAGAGUUAAAAAUAAGCGAUCAUACCCAUGUCAUUGCAAGGGCUAAUUAUCAGUAUGUAUAAAACACAUCAGUUACCAGAUUGGACAUCUUAAUGCAUUGAUUUUCUUAUCUUUUUAAUAAAUAAAAACGUUUCCUUUUGUAGGUAAAAUUACACCAACAAAGAAAAAGCCCUACAGUCUUCACCCAUCGGUUCGGAUGUUGCACUAAGCAGCAGGGCACAUUUGCAAUGCGUGGGAAACCCAUGAAACGGGAACCUAACCAUAUUAACGUCCCACACCACCUAGAGCCCUGUGAGACACCCCCAGCACAAGCCGCGCCACGUCGCGUCUGCCGCUGCACGCUUCCAACCAUCUGCUCCUCUGCUUACAUGCUGGGGGGUUUCCCUUUUCUGUAUUAUUUUCACAUAAACCUGUGGGGGGGGGUUUCCCCUCUUAAUUUUUUUAAUACAUAGCUGUAAUAAUAUACACAGUAGGCAUUCACAUUUUUAUACUUAAAUUGCGUGGCGUUUUUAUACUUUAAUCCAUUCUAUUGGCUUGGAAGAGGCUGGUGGGCCGUCUGUCCCCACCACGCCAGAGGGAAGAGGUUACGAUUCUCAAAACCCAAAUGGAAACCACCAGAAUACAAUGUUGCUGUGUCUAUGUUUGUAAACAUACAUUUUAAAUCAAAUUUAAGAGUGAGAUUAUUAGUAUUUCCAAACAUGCAAAAGCGUCGAACAUUCCAGCUUAAAUUCACACUGUUUAAUAAUUACUUUUUUAAAAAUCACCUCAUACUAGAAGGCUAUUCAAAAUUAUACUAAACUACCUUAAACUUUAUUUUAAAAGUACUACUUGCAAGUAAUGCUCAUUUUCACAAUUAAUACAGCUUUAAACCGUGGUUGGAUUUGAUACGCUGUGGGGAAAGGAUUUGUUUAUGGGCAAAAGUCAUUUUUUCCAUUUAUUUUCUGAGGAGCAAUGAAAGAAAGUGUAGCUUGUUUUCCUGACAGCAAAAGCUCAAUGUGACAAAAUGAAGUUGUUGUAAUGAAAUGAUGCAACUUAAUUAAAUAUUUAAUAAAGAACUAUGGAAGCUACAGCAUUUUAUACUUCAAA